GUAUCCGGACGGGAUUAAACAGAACACCGGAAGCGAUGGGUCAUUGAGAUUGGACAGACCAAAGAUCUUAGAGCUUUGGGACAGACUGUGUUGAUCAAGGCUUAGUGUGGCAUUCCUGGCCCUCGUAGUCAUUAACAAAGAUACUAGAGCAAGAGUAGUGAUAUUUGGUCAUUAAUUCUGGAGCUUCAAGCAAUCCUGGAGAAAAUACACAUUGUUCUUGUUUCUCAAGACUCCACCAAAAGUCCACCAAAAGUCAGACUACACCAAAAGUUGUGAAAGGACAGAUCAAAGAUCCCACAUGUUCACCUGUGACAUUUGUGGACAAAGUGGCCUAUCAGAACCAGACAUGAGGACACACAUUUUUUAUGUACAUGAAGAAAAUGAAAAUAGUUGUCCAAUUUGCACUUUGUCUGGAAUCAGCUACGAUGAAUUGAUGUUCCAUAUAGAGACUACACACGGUGAGGUGGAAGCACUAGAUGAUGGAAAGAUGAUCUCUUCUAUUGACAAAGAAAAGGAUCCUGAUUCUGAUUCUUUACUUCGAUGUAAUGAGUCUCCAGAACGGAGAGAGUUUGAGGUGAAUAAGAGUGAAGUAGGAAAUCCAGAAGAGUUUCACAAGUCUUAUUCUGCAUCACCUUCUGACGAUGAGAGACUCUUUAAACAACACGAUAGGAUGCAUGAAUCUAGAAGAUUAAUACCAUCUGAAAAUGUCAAUGGGGAAUUUUCAGGAGCAGUUUGGGUUCAACCUGUACCAAAACCAUCUGAUAAGAACAAUGAAGAAUCAAAAGACGGCAACCAUUGUGGCAAUUCUGAAGAAUCUGUAAACUUUGGUGCCCCUGAAUGUCCUUUUUGUGGCCUAAUAGGAAACUCGGGAGGAGAUCUAAAUGAACAUGUUAAAAUCAAGCAUAUAGCAAUGUUGGAAACCCCUCAAAAAGGAUAUGCAAAGCAGAGACUGUAUGUGUGUCCCAUGUGCAAACUGGUAUUUGAAAACUGGCAUAUACUGCAGGAACAUGUUGAGCUACACUUAACUGAGAGCAGAGCUGAAGAAUGUGUGUUGGCUGAUCAUCAGUUUGCCCAACAACUACAGGAAAAGGAGAAUAGACAAAGCAGGUCACAUGAAACACAGACAGAGCAGGAGGAGUUUCAAAAACUUCAGAAACAGUAUGGAUUAAAUAAUUGCGGAGGAUAUAAAAAUCAGGCACUGCAAAAUAUGGAUAGAGCCGUUUGCCGAGGUCAAAUGAAUCCUGCGGAGUACCAUCGAAGAAAAGCAGAAGUCAUGGAAUCAUUAGCAAAGGGAGAAGAUGAUGGCAGAACUAAGACAUUGGGUCUAAUGAGGGCACUAAAUGAGUAUUAUCAGAGAAGUGGCACAGAUAUGAAGCAUGUAUAUUUGUGUGCAGAAACAGAUCACUAUCAUGCCUCUGUAGGGGACAACGGCUGGGGAUGUGGAUACCGAAACUUUCAAAUGCUUCUGUCCUCACUGAUGAAGAUGGAACAGUAUAAGGAUGUUUUACAAGAUCUUGUAAUACCUUGCAUUCCGAAAAUCCAGAUCAUGAUCGAGGAAGCAUGGAAGACUGGCUUUGAUCCUCAAGGUGCUGCCUCUUUUGAAAACAAAUUAAAGGGCACUCGCGCUUGGAUUGGGGCAACGGAAAUCUAUUGUUUAUUGACCUUUCUAAGAAUAAAAUGUCAAAUUGUUGAUUUUCACCAGCCCACUGGACCAUCCGGCACACAUCCUCGUUUGUUUGAGCGUAUAAGACAAUAUUAUUCCUUGGGCAGUAAUGCUGCGUUACGAUUACAACCCAAGGUAAUUUGGACAAACAAACCACCAAUCUAUCUUCAGCACCAAGGUCACAGUCGGACUGUUGUUGGCGUUGAGGAAAGGAAUAACGGAACACUUUGCCUUUUAAUUUUUGAUCCUGGCAAUCAAGAAAUGCAGAAACUUUUACGCAGUGAUAUAACGGGAAUGAAUCUUAAAAUGAUUCGUCGAUUUAUUGGAAGUAUGAAGCAUAGGCAAUAUCAAAUCGUGGCAAUUAAUGGUAUUCUAUCGGCAGAAGAGAAAAAUGCUCGUAAGUAUGCAUCUUCAAUAUUGACAGCAGAAAAUGUGCCAUAGUGGAACUCUCUGCACCUGAAUUCAAGAUGAAGGAUAUACAGUAUUUCAGGUCGAAGUUGAUUACAUAUCCUUUUAGUGAAUUAUGUCCAUGAAUCUUUCUUUUAUCUCUGAACUGCAUAAUGAUGCUUUAAAUGAGAAAUAACAUACUUAUUAAUUUUUUUAUUUCGUUUAGCUUUGGGAAUGCUAGAUGGGGAAAAUGGGUUACAACUGCCUUUAACUGGUAUCUCAUAUGUUGAUGAACAUGUAUGGACAUUAAUAAUAAUUUCAAGUGUGGUUCCACAUUCUACCUAUUUAUUGUUGUGGUCCUGGUCUUGGUCCUGCCUUGUUCCCAAAUAGAAAUGCAAACAGUGUUCCCGUGUGUAGAUACAAGUAACAAAUUAGGCGAGAGAAUAUUGUGUUUCAAAUAAAUGAGUAAAUGGCCAAAAUCCCUAUUUCCCGGAUGGCUUUGAUGCAUGAUUUUCUCUCUCCUUCCCCCCCACACCCCCAUUUUCCAGUGCAGAUUAUUGCUAAUAAACACAUUUGAAAGUAAUAUUUCAAAAGUUGAAUGUUGAUCUUUAUUAUUGGUUGCACCUGUAUAAAUAAACAUUUUGGAUU